CAAGCGCCUCGCACGUUACAUGUCAUCAGCACGAGCCUAAACUGAAAAGCUUUCGAUCCCUGUAAGAGCGGUUCCGCGAAGAUUUAGGGUUUUUCUAAGACAAUGGCGGAUGAAUCGGAGCACACAGCGGCGCCGGCAACUGGGGAAUCGUUGCUCGACAAGAUCGCCGACAAGCUCCAUGGCCAUGACUCUUCCUCUUCUUCCGAUUCUGAUUCCGAUUCCGGCAAAAAGGAAUCCUCCUCGAUCAAGGAUACUUCCUCGAUCAAGGAUAAGGUUUUCCGUCUCUUCGGGAGGGAGAAGCCCGUCCACUCCGUCCUCGGCGGUGGAAAGCCUGCUGAUGUGCUAUUGUGGAGGAACAAGAAGAUAUCUGCUAGUGUACUUUCUGUAGCAACGGCUGUUUGGAUCUUUUUUGAGUUGCUUGAAUAUCAUCUGCUUACUCUAGUCGGUCACAUUUUGAUUCUGUUGCUUGCGGUUUUGUUUUUGUGGUCCAAUGCCCAUACAUUUAUUCACAAGGCACCACCUCGCAUCCCAGUUGUUCAUCUUCCUGAAGAGCCUUUUCUUCAAUUUGCAUCUGCAUUGACAAUUGAACUCAAUCGCGGAUUUGCUGCCUUGCAUGCUAUUGGUUCUGGAAGAGAUUUGAAGACAUUCCUCGCUGUUAUUGUUGGCACAUGGAUUCUAUCAAUUGUGGGAAGCUGGGUCAAUUUCUUGACCUUGUUCUACAUUGUUUUUGUUUUGUUGCAUACGGUUCCUGUCUUUUAUGACAAGUAUGAAGACAAGAUAGACCCUCUGGCGGAGAAGGCAUUGAUCGAGUUCAAAAAACAGUAUGCUGUGUUUGACGAGAAGGUGUUGAGUAAGAUCCCGAAAGGUCCAUUGAAAGGCAAGAAGUUAGCUUAGUGUUUAAGUAUUUGGCUCUCUGAAGACGAAGAGGCUCCACUUGAGUGUUUUUUAUUUAAGAGCCUCGUUUCUUUGAAAAAAUAUGCCAAGCCUUGUUUUUGGACUUGCUUUUUGGCGGGUGCGGUAUUCAAGAUCAUGUAGCUUUUCAGUUUUGCUACAAGCAUGUCGAUUUUGCUGAUUACAACUUUUGUUGGACCAUGUAGUUGUUCAAUCAGUAAUCAUUAUUGUAAGCAAAAAAUAUUUAUGUUAAUUGUCGACGUUUUUCUUUGAUUAAGAUUUCUCGUGUUUGGUGUUUC